AUGUCAGUGUUAACACUGGCCCUCUUAUUGGUUGGCAUAUCAUCAACAUUAGCAUGUGACUGUGCCAGGUACGCUGAAUUUAAAACUAUCCAACAGCAGUAUUGUGAGGCAGAUUUUGUAAUUGCUGGACAGGUGUUUGGAUCUGAGAAUGCUGAAGAUGAUCAAGGAAAUGCCAAUAUAAAACUAAAAAUUAGAAUAACGAAUUGGUACAAGGGAAAACCAGACAACGAACAUGUGUUUGAUUUAUAUCGUACCCAUGAUUUAUAUACGUAUGGAACCCGCGACAAGUGCGGAUUACCACUUGUAAAAAGUUCGUACGUCCUUGGAGGUAAACGAAAGGGUGGUAAACUAUGGAUCAGUGAGUGUGAUUUGAGGUGGUCAUUGUUCUAA